CAUUUCAUCUACAUAAUAACCGAGGAGAGGUCUUGACGUGCGUAGUGGUCUAUACCGAGGAGAUCUGGGCUGCAUCUUCAGAAGACGCAUUUUUCGUUACUCCUCUAACCUUAAGGGGGCUUUUUAGCUUUUGGUUAGCUAUCCGUUUCUGGAAAACAUCUGAAUCAUUUUAUAACCAAAGCCAGCUGCUGCACAAGUCUAUGCGUGCGUGUGUGUGAGAGUGUGUGUGUAUUCGUUUGUAAGAGGAAGAGAGUGUGAGAGUAUCUGUUCGCUUUGCUCUCCAAAAAAAGAAAGGAAGAAAGAAAAAAAAAAUCGUUUGGACGUCUUUUUCUUCCCGAAACUUUUUUUUUUUUUUUAGGAAUGAACGCCGAGACGUGCGUUUCAUACUGCGAAAUGACAUCCAUGGAUUCAUAUUAUAGCCCAUCUGCACCGCAAGGUAGGGAUCACCAGGCGAACCCUUUCAGGACAUUCCAGGCGAGUGACACCAAAUACAGCCCCGCUUUCCUGACCAACAAAGGUCAGGCGUACGGGGAAAAAUCUGGGAGUCCGUUCCAGCAGGAAUGCCAGUCAUUGGAUGCCACUGCUGGGGAAGGCACCUUUAACAAAUACCACCUCUUCAUGCAGAGGUCCUCCUGCAAAACUCCCCCAGACAGCAGCAAACUCCAGCAGGAAAGCGGACACAACGGAGGGCUCAUCGCGUGUUAUGGUAAAGACAGCACAGGGCUGACAGAUUCUGAGUUGCCCCAAAAUAGUGAUCCUGCAGGGAUGGAUGGCAGCUACCUCAGUGUAAAGGAUUCAGGAGUGAAGAGCCCCCAACAGCCAAACUCAGAGUUGGCUUCUCCGUUGGACAAGGCCGAGGGAGAGAGCAAUAAGGGCAAGAAAAGACGCAACCGUACCACCUUCACAAGCUAUCAGCUAGAGGAGCUGGAGAAAGUCUUUCAGAAAACGCACUAUCCCGAUGUCUACGCCCGGGAACAACUCGCACUGAGGACAGACCUGACAGAAGCUCGUGUACAGGUGUGGUUCCAAAACCGCAGAGCCAAGUGGCGGAAAAGAGAGCGUUUCGGACAGAUGCAGCAGGUCCGGACACAUUUUUCCACGGCCUAUGAACUGCCUCUUCUCACUCGGCCUGAAAACUAUGCUCAGAUUCAGAACCCUUCUUGGAUAGGCAGCAGCAGUGCGGCAUCUCCGGUGCCGGGCUGCGUCGUACCCUGUGACUCAGUCACUUCCUGCAUGCCACCUCAUCCACAUGCUGCUAGCGGAGUGUCUGACUUCUUGGGUGUGCCCAGUCCUGGAGGUCACAUGGGACAGACACACAUGGGCAGCUUGUUUGGGAGUCCAGGCAUGGGCACUGGCAUUAAUGGGUACGAUCUAAACAUGGACCCCGACAGGAAAUCUUCCAGCAUCGCCACACUGCGAAUGAAAGCUAAAGAACACAGCGCAGCCAUCUCUUGGGCUACAUGACUCCCCCAACUUUAGGACCGUAUCUCUGAAGUCCCUCAACAAACAAGAGAAGGAGGAGCAAAUGUGAACAUAAGUUAGCCACCAAAGCAUGACCUGGGAUCAAGGAGUGUGUGGAUUGACAAAGCUUGAGAAUCCAUGAGAUUUAUUUCGAUUUGAAGUCUAGAGAGACUAGGGAAAAUCAGUGAUCAUAAAACUGAGAAUGUUCUGGCUUUAAAACAAGAAAGAUGACAGAAACUUGACAUUUGAAUGCAUACAAGUAUUAAAUGAAAAAGAAAAAAACGACCAGAAAAAAACCCUGCACUUAUCCGCCACUAGCGUCCCAUUUGUAAACACGUAAAUUUAUCAAAAUGCAUCUAGCUUCUUUUUCAACUCAGCAUAAUCAAAACCUAUUAAAUUCUUGUUCUGUCACAGACUCCUUUUCCAAAUAUGUAAUUUCUGCCUAGAGACAGUUGCAAAGGACAAACAAUAGUUUCUCACAAUAAAAACUUUCCCAUUGCAGCCUUUAUCCAAACAUAUAUACAGUAGUAAUCGCCAGUUCCCAAUAUAAAACCUGACAAACUCCCUCAUUGAACAAUCACUACUGCUACAUUGAUUCAUUUGUUCAUAUUAAUUCAUAUGGAAUUCUAGAAGUCGACUAUUUAAGACAUAUACUACAAGUCUGUUGGGAGUGGGACAUCAGGCAUGAUAGACUUAAGAGGGCCUGGGGUGCCAGACAGCAGCCGGAAAAUAAAGGCAUACCUCUCCUGCAGGUAACUAGGCAUUCAGAGGAGGCUUCCUCUUGCCUUGAUGAAUUGUGUGACCUUAGUACAGGAAAAAAGACAAGUGCAAUCUGCCAGUGCAAAGCCAAAGCAAUACAGUUAAAGAACAAAAAAUAAGCAGGUGGCGGUCUCUGUCCACACUGUAAUCUAUCUUUCUAUUAUUUGCAAUCUCUUUCAGUUUCUCUGCUGGAAAGAGUUGUCCUAAAGCUGUUUGGCAAAGAUUUGACAGCAGCAUUUGAGAUACAAAUCUUGGAUCCAUCAUACCAGCUGUCAAAUUGAAUGUCAAACAUCAUUAAAAACUACAAUCUGCAAAAAGGAUGCAAGAAAUAGGGUUGAGAAAGUUUUGCUUUCUUUGUGUUUUGAAGAUCACAAUAUUCUUGCAUCUUUUGAACUUUUCAGUGAAUGUUGGUGCCUUGGCUACUCUACCCUCAUUCUUCAUGUCCUGGAUAUAAAAUAUGUAGUGUGGGGCUGCCUGAAAUUUGAGCCAUGCUUCGUUAAUUUUUUGGCAGAAGUCCUCAUUGCACCAUCUCAAAUGAAACUAUCAACUUGCCAAUCUGGGCAUCAUCCACCAUGGCUCUGAUUUGGUGGAAGCAAUACUGUGCUUUGGCAUGUAAUCACUGACAUUGCCAUGUACCACCACUGAGGUGGUGGAAAUAUAAAGCAAGCCCCAUUUCAAGGUACUACGAGCUUUCUGCUUUUCCCGAGUCAGAUUUAGAUCAGGUAAAACAAAGCUGUUUGAAAUCUGGAACUGAAUCUGAUACGUUCUGCCCUUUGGAGAAGCCAUUUCUAAUUUGAAAAUGAGAACCACAUUUCCUUUCCUUCAUUCUGCUGUGCAGCUUAUCUGGAUCCCUGGAGAUACGUAUAUACACACAACUUUUUUGUUAUAAUACCAGAGCAGUGACUUACCUGGUUUGGGGGGUCACAACAUGGAAUCAUGUUCCAUAUUGAGGUCUUUUUUAGACCUACAGAAACUAGGCUUACAUUACUUAACGUUUUUAAACAAAACCUCACUAUAAAUGCAUAAUGUAUUGGACACAAUAUGAUGUUAAAAUCACUUCGUAAGAGAACCUCAUUACAUAAAGUUAAUUAGAGAUCACCUCCUUACUGCUGCUCAGUCUUUUGCCCCAUGGCCUGUAUAUAUGAUAUGUAAAGUGUUGGAGCUUUGUGAAGUUCGAACCAUGCUUCAUUAGUUUUUUGGCAGAAGUCUUCAUUGCAUCUCAUGACUGAGCAUCUCAUAACCCACCCUUUCAAGGGACCUGUUGGAAAAACAAACAAAAAAACAAUAAUGUUAAUGUGCUUUUCAUUAGAACUAAAACUGGCACUUGUUACUAAAGCUGACCCGUCCUGCACCGAUCCCACUCAACAGAGUAGCAGUUCAACCUCCAGUCCUCAUUAAAAGCCAUGAGAAGUUCUGCCGGUGCAGAAUUGCGAAUCCUGACAUUGUCGCUUUGGCCUUUAAGAGGUUACUGAGAGGGUGAAGUGACUAUAGUGUUCCGGUGUUCUGGGAAAGGACAAUCCACACAGCUGUGUGCGGGGUAAAUGCAAAACAAACAUACCUCGUACAUGCUUCCCUUCAGCUGUCAUGGCUCUUCUUUCAAAGCCCCAUGCUGAACAGGGCCUGGCCUGCUACCCCGACCAAAGCCUCAGCCCUCAGUGUCUCUGAGUCCAUGCACACCCUUGCUCUCGGACAGUCUUUUCAAUUAACACCGAGACAUCUGCGGAGAAGGAUUCUGUGACAGCCUGAGCUCUGUGUUAGCCUAUCUUUAACUAUUGUGGAGCCAAGAGGGGCGCCGAUGAAGCUCAGGUCAACACUAUCAUUACUUUAUGUAGUAUCAGCACACAAAUACUUAAAUACCAUUAAAUGAGCUAAUCUGCACAUAACAGAACACAAGUCAUCACAUUUGCUUUUAAUACUCUUGUAUUUCAUUCAAAGGUAAAUCAUAACUAAACAUGUAGAAAGGUCAAAACGGUUCUGUAGAGACUGUACAAGAACAGACUGUACAGUACCAAAAGGAAAUGUUAAUUGUCAGACAGUACCUUGCAGAUGCCUAUGAGUUACAGAGAUGCUUAAGUCUCUGUCCCAUCUCUCAAAACUUAUACUACUGAAGUAGGCAUAUCCAAGUACUAGAAUAAUAUAAUGCUUUGUUUUGUGUGUGGUCGCAUGUACGGUUUUCUUUGAAUUCCUAUCUUAUAUAAAAUACCCUUGGAGCCGUUCUUUUGUAAAAAAAAAAAAAAAAAAAAAAAUAUCCUUAUUAGAAAUAUAUUAUUUUAUGUGUGACUAAGGGUUCUGGCUGUUGUUGUAUUGUGGGUCUAGGGAUAAAAUGCGAUACAUUUGGGAUUUUGGUAUGUAAAUGAACCUAAAAUAGUUGUGAUGGCUUAAAGCUAAACAUAUGGCUUUUGAAUCAUUUUGAAUAAUUAUUUACUUUCAAGCUUGUUUACGGUCUAUAUAUAUUGUGUGAUUUACAACCGUAAGUUAUUGCACUUACAAUUUUUUUUUUUUAAAUUGUUGGAAUUGCUUUGAGAACAUCUGAUUCAAGUGGAAUAUCACUAUAAAAUAUGUGUACACUCAAUCAACUAUCAAGUACUCUGAGAACAUGACGGUGAAGUACCAAGAGCUGGUAAAUUGUUUAUUGUCCACGUGCGUUUUCAGGUUUGUUUAAAAUCCAAAAAAGACUAAAAACAAGUUGUUUAUUUUGUUUAAACUUGGCCCAAAGCCUCUCAAAAAUCAGAAAUAUUUUGUGAAUACCAAUUUUGAGUGAGUCACUCUGCUUCAGGACUUCUCACACAUUGUUCUCAGAACCUGAUAUAACAGCCAUCUUACAUUAAAGACAUAUUGAAGACAUGAAGUUCCUGUUGGCAAGAGAUUGCUUUUACUAGGCUCUCCUUUAAUGGGUUAAAAAAGCCUACAUUUAAACCAUUACAGGUACUGGGUAUUCUACUAUGGAUGUUUCAUUUCAUUUGACAUUUUCUGUGUGCUCAUUUUUGUUUGUUUCUCUAAAUACAGAUGAAUAAAAAAAAUAAAUAAAAAAAUAAUAAUAAUACUAAA